UUGACAGUCGAAAGUAGUUCGCCCCAGCCUCAUGGCAUCGUUUCAAUUUGAUUCUGGCAGAAGCCCUGUCUUUGGCGACGUGUUCGCAGAACGGCAAGCACCUAUUGGCCCCAGUGACAACAAUUCAGCACUGCUGGACCGCAGAGAGUGGCCAAGUCUGGAGAUUUCCCUUCCUGAACUUGAAUCUGACUUUCCUGCUUAUCCACCUGAAGCUGUUGAAGUUCGGAAUACCUUCAUCCAUGUAGCGAGUCCAGCAGCUGAAGAUGCUGACCGGCCUGUGCUGUCGUGCCCUGCCAGCAAAAUAGGAUGGAUUGAAGAUUUGCUCGAGGAUCAGAAGAAUCGACCCCCAACACCGCCAGCUCCGCCAACUCACCCCCCUCCAGUGCUGAAGCAAAAGGAGGAGUUCUCCCGUCCUGUGAUUCGCCUAGAGAAUGCCCUUGAAGUACAAGCAGCUGCAGCUCAAGCUGAUGCUGGGCUACAAGUUCCACAAGUUCCUUUGUCCAUGGGGCGAUCACAGGGCACUGGACGUGCCCUGGGAGUCAUUGGAGAUCAACGUGGACGGGGUCAAAGUACCUAUAUGCUUCCAACAGCCUACUCCUCCACGGGUGGAGAUAUGAAUCCAUUGAAUCCAGCGAGAUCCCACACGGUUGGCGCCAUCGGUCCUGUGGCUUUCGUGCCAUCCGUACCGGCCGGUCCAGCACCUGCCGGUCCCAUCCUUGGCACGGGCCAAACCGCCAGUUCAUUGGGGCCGCAUGCGCCCAAACCACAUGGAACGAAAGAACUUCCGAGCGUUGGAUCAGCCGGACAUGCUUUUGGGACCUGCAAACCCUGCGGUUUCUUUUACGCGAAAGGUUGUCUCAAUGGUGCCGCAUGCUCAUUCUGCCACCUGUGUGAUCGCGGAGAAAAGAAGCGGCGGCAGAAGCAGAAGAAAGCAUGUCUCAAAGGAGGUGCUUGAGUUCCAGGUUUGGCAUUUGUUUGGCGCCAUAAUGAGCAGCGCCAAAGCCAUACCUCGCUCCAUCUGCAUGACUGCUGCCAUGGACCGUCGGAGCAAUAAUUCAGCCUAGAGUUCCGUUGCACAGUGAUGGUACAAUAGCUGGGGGGUGCCGGGCACAUGUUCUUGCAAGUCAGCAUCGCUACUGGAAGAUUCUAAUCAAAGGUUCUUUCUCAGUGGAAAAGGCACCACAAAACCCGGACUGGAAUUAUAUAUGACGCGCAUAUGUAUGACUUCUGCAGCCAGCCUAGGAUGCUGCAAAGUGCCCUGAACAAAAAAA